UCAACCUUGUUGGCGGACUUGGACCGAUUGCCACUUUCUGAUGUAUUUCCAUUGACAUAUAUAUAAUUCCACCACUUGGAGUGCUGUUAGAUAUCAUAACCUUGAGUUGCUGCACUUUGGUUACUUUACCCGAUGUUUUUACUUUUCAGCUCCGGGCCACCCUUUUUGUAGCUCCUCAGCUACGUAGUUAGCUCCGUGUAGCCGCUAAUGAGAGGCUACGGCCCGGCUACGGAAUGCCUCGGAGAAAGAAAAACGGCCAGAGUCCGGCCAGAGUCCCCGGCGGACCGCCAGAGGGGGGAAGCCUCGGCCACAACACGGGUUACCGACUACCGCAGGGAUUUGACAGUGCCAUGGCGAACAACUUUCCAUCCAGCUCCGUCAAAGAGAGAAUCGUCAGAAGCAUGCAGGAGAUGUUCUCACACCUGGACCCAGAAGUUAUAUACAUCGUGCUGUCCGAGUGUGAUUUUAAAGUUGAAAAUGCAAUGGACUCCCUCUUGGAGCUGUCUGUGGCUGCUGAAGGUGCAGCCCCUUUACCUUCUCCUGUCUCUGGCUUUGAGCGCACUGCUGCAGCCCUGCUCAGCCCACAUCACUUCUCUGAAUCUAGACCAGACCCAGACUCCUCCAAACUAUCACAGCUGCCCUGCUCUCCUCCCUCCAGCAACAUCUUGACAGAGGAGCUGGACCUCCUAGUUGAUCAGGAGCUAGAGACACUAACUGCACAACAAGGCGGCAGCCAGUAUUUACCUGUUGGCACGUCCCUUUCCUCUUUCCCUCCACCACCAUUCCAACAUCAGGUCCUCCCUGAGCUGCUUCAGUCCAGCCUCCAGCCUGGAUCUAGAGGACCCUCUGUCGAGCAGCAAGGCCUAGUGGGAAGUCUGGUGGAGCAUAUUUCUGGAGCUUCCUCUCCGCUCGACAACCUCAGCACUUGGGAAGACAAGAUCGUUGAGGAGCAGCAGUCGGUGGAUUUCACACAUCUGAUGACAGAGACGCCUGGAGACAAGCUGAAAUCUCCUUUGGACCUGGCAGCUUCUGGACGUCCCUCGGCUUUCCAGGUGUAUAAAAAGCAAGACCCAUUACACACUAUCUCAGACAAGGCUGGGCUCAUGCCCUCUAAAGCGAUAGUUGGAGGAGCAAGAUCCAAGGUGAACGUGUUGAAUCCGGAGCCGCUUGGCUACAUGCCAUCACCCUGGAACCUGCGGGCACCAGUGUUUUCUCCUCGUAUCCAUGGAAAACAGGGACCAGUGUUCCUUACCCCUGUGGCUCAAACACCUUCCAACUGGCCCAGCCAACCCAGGCAUGCCUCUCCCUGGUUGAGUCAGGGCCCCGUCAGCCAAGCACCUCUCAAACCUUCUGCUACUAUUCCAAAGUCCUGGGCCCUGCCUGCUGCUCCACAUUCUCCUGCUCACAGCAGGCUUCGUUUGGUAGGGAAGGUCCUUGUGUUGCUACGUGGUGCUCCAGGAUCUGGCAAGACAACCUUGGCAAGAGCCUACUUGGAGCAUAACCCAGGUGGCGUUAGACUGAGCACUGACGACUAUUUCACUCGUAAUGGAGAAUAUCAGUUUGACCCCGCUGCUCUGGGGGAGGCCCAUGAGUGGAACCAUAAACAAGCCAAAGAGGCUUUUGAAAGGGGCGCUAACCCCAUCAUCAUUGACAAUACCAACAUGCAGAGCUGGGAGAUGAGACCUUAUGUGGUUCAGGCCCUGAAACAUGGAUAUAAGGUGCUGUUCCGAGAGCCGGACACUUGGUGGAAGAACAAGCCAAGAGAACUGGAGAGGCGUACCACACACAAUGUGCCAGUGGAAAAAAUCCGACGCAUGCUUAAUGGCUAUGAGCGAUUCAUCACAGUCCAGGGCAUCAUGGGUUCACAGAUGCCUGAGGUCAAACAGCGUGUCCCUCUGGAGAACAGAAGCUCACAGCCAGUGUCUUCUGAAACGCCAUGUCCUGACCUUGUAGGGCAGCCUGAAUUGGCAGAGGGAUGUAUGAAAUCCCGCCCUCAGCUAUAUUCCUCUCUUCCUGACGUGUCAUCAAUUGGUCGUUCUGGUGAGGUGGGAAUGAUGGAAGGCGGUACCCACAAAUCUACGGAGUCCCUCAAUUUCCAUCCUACUGGAAGACUUACGGAAAACCCUGUAAUGUCCGAUGGGGAUGAUGACAUGGAUUUGGGGGAAUUAGAUUCUGAGUUGGACGCCAAGUUAGAGAUGAAUCGUCCAACAGGAGAUCAGAGAAUCCCCGACUGUAUUGUGGAAUCCGUGAUGAGUGAAGAUCAUCGUGGGGAUGAAAUGCCUGUGGCUUUCUCUGAGUCCAUUGCACAAAGAGUAAGGAGAGAGAGGCCAAGCAGGAGGUCGGGUUUUGACAGUUCAAAGCCUGCAGAUCUGGUGAAAGAUACCAACCAAUCACACAGCGAGGCAAAGGAGAAAGAAAAGGCAAGGGAAGCGGAAGGGGUUGAGACGGAGACGUAUGGGGGAAAGAAGGGAAUGCCUAAGACGUUAGAUUUUGUAGGAGACUGGCCUUGUGAGGGGUCCUUCGAGCAGCGACCGGUGAAGCGAAGAGAAAGGCAUAAAGAGGGAAGUAGGAAGGAAGAUGGAGGUGUGUCUCAAGAAGCUAACAAAAAUAAAACGAAAGUGCAGUCGGGACCCAAUGUGACAGAGUUUCAGAAGCUUCUUGAUCUCAUUCAGACAGGAGUCGCUGACAUAGAGACAGGCUCUUCCCGUUCGUCCUCCCUUUCCCUGAGCUCUGGAGAGGAACUGGAGAAGGAGGAGGCAGGUGGCAGGUUUGGGGAAUCCCAUGGCAGUAGAUCUAACAGUGAGGAGAGAGAACAACAACAAGACUGGAAGGCAGCUGACUCUUGUAAGGUCAGGGAAUCAAGAAUUGAUCAUUGUGAGGGACUUAAAACUGAAAAUGAAGCAAGUAGGACCACAGGAGGGAAUGAUAAUGUGUUAGAGAUUGGCAGAGAAACAGGGUCUGUGGAUUUGAAAUCGACCAAUCCAACAAAUCCUCUCUCAGCUCUUACUGCUAGUUCACUAGUUAUCUCCAAAACUGUGGAGGCAAACGAAUGCCAUGAUGGAGCGGGAAGCCACAAUAUUGAAGGUGAGGUUGGUACAGAGCCUACUGCUGGUCCUACUGAUACAGAAAGGAAUAACUGCACAGACAAUGGCAGAGAGACAAGAGUUCAGGCUGAUGGAAGUCAUAUUAGUGAGAUGUGUCAGAGUCCUGUGUGUGAGGGCUCUGUGGAAGCAGAAAGCAGUUCUUUCAGUGGAGGCAGUCAGGAGCGAAAGCAGCGCCAGGGUCGUAGAUCAGGGAAACAGUGCAAACUAGCCCUCACCUUUACUCAAAACUGCCCCGCUUCUUCACCGAAUACUCUCGAAUGUCCAAAUUUAAACACAGCCCAAAGUAUAAACUGCAUUCAGAAUAGCACGAACACAGAUGUUGAACCUAACUUUAGUCCUAACUGUAACACUAGCCGAACAAAACCAAACUUUGACCUGUUCACCAAGUCCAAAUCUAAGGCACACCUGCAGCCUUCUUCUCCACUUCCACUGGUAGACACAGGCAGCCCCACCCAGACAGAACCUCAAGACUUUGCCCUUCUUUGGCGUCUCAAUCGUCAAGACGAUGCAGUCGUCACUGCGUGCAGCCACCAUAGUGACAUCACAGUCCUGUCCGGAGACUCUUCUCGCUUUGUGCCAGAGUUGUCCACGGUUGCAGUCCACCCAUCCGGCCACAGAGUGGUGCCCUACCGCAUGGUCCACGAGAAAGGCACACAGGUGGAAGUAAAAGAGCUCGGGGCAACUCAAAACCGGCUUGAGAGCCUGCGCAUUCUCAGUCGCCAUUUUAAACUGGUUAGUUUUGAUACGUUAGAAGAUCUGUAUGACAAAUGCUAUCAGGACUUAGAAUGGACGACCAACCUGCUGCUGGACUCUGGAGAGAGGUUCUUCAGAGAUGAUGAUGGUGAGAAAGAGGAGGAAGAGGAUGGUGCGGGGGGUGAAGAUGAGCAGAACACAUCCAGUCCGUGUGGAGCUUUAGGCAAGCCUGUAGGAACCAGGUUACGUCCUGAUGUGUUAGAUGAGCAUCACCCUGAAGAUUGGCCAAAGGGAGAGCCAAUUGGGUUUGAGGAGGUGACUCAGCAGGCAACCUUUGGGACAGUCAGAGAAUCCGAUGAGAGAUCCAAGAAUACCGAUCUGCUAAGUUUUGGAGGUGCAGCUCCUGAUACAACCUCACACUUAAAAUCCUCUCCUCAAACAGAACUUGGUCUGCCUCAUGCAGUAAAUGAAGAAGAGAGAUGUGGUGACACUGAACACAAAGUGACAUCAGAAGCUGACCUAGAAGGCGGGGCUUGGUGUGGAAACUUAGACGAUGGCGUAAUAAUUGAAGAGUCAAGAGUUGAGAUUGAUGAGGAGAUUGCUAGUAUGGAUGAGGUUCACCGGCUGCUGCAGGCUGAGCUAGAGGAGAUGGAGAGAGAUCAAAAACAGGCGGAGGAGGAGAAGACUGAAAUGAGGCACAUGGAGGAGAGAAGGAGCACACACCUAGACAUUCAGAGUGUGGAGCUGAAACUACCCACUGAACUGGCACUGCAGCUAACUGAACUGUUUGGUCCUGUUGGAAUAGACCCAGGUACAUGCUCAACUGAUGACUAUGUAGUGCAGAUGGACCUGAAACUUGCUAAACUACUCCACCAGAAGUGGAAGGAAACCAUUCAGGAAAAGCAGAGACAAGCAACUCUUUCCUCUCACUUCUUUCAGGAAAGUUCAGGACCUGGAUCACGAGACUGGACACAGCCACUGAACAACCAACCAGAGGCCCAUGGUCAGAUGCCAUUCAUGGACCACUGGAAUGUGUCCCGCCCACAUGUGUCUCUUAGAGAUAUUAUUAAAGAGCAGCAGGCUUUGCAGAAGAACGAGGAAAAGACCAGACAAAGUUGUGCAGACCUUGACCGGCGUGAUGGAGCCGCCUUGAUGAAAGAGAACCAACUGUACUGCCUCUUCCCCACCAUUGACAGGCAUUUCCUCCAGGACAUCUUCAGAGACCACAAUUACAGCCUGACCCAGACGGAGCUGUUUCUUCGCUCUCUACUGGACCAGGAACCCGUUAAGACAGUGGUCGCCCCAGAGGCUCCUCGAUCCAACCACCUCAGAGCAGCCAGCAAGGAGAGGGAGAAGAGGCAGAAGCCCCCGGAGCUAACCUAUCAGGAUACGGAAGACCCAGAGUAUGAGGACUUCAGGGCCGAGGCCAGCCAACAGAAGAGCAGACAGCUCGAGUGUUUCUCCAAAGCUGCCGAGGCCUUCAAGCAAGGACGCAAAGAUGUGGCCUCAUUUUACGCACAGCAGGGACACCUGCAUGGCCAGCGGAUGCGUGAGGCCAAUCACCGUGCAGCAGUUCAGAUUUUUAAGAGGGUCAACUCAUCGCUGCUGCCUAGCAACAUCCUGGACCUCCAUGGGCUGCAUGUAGACGAGGAUAGUUAA